UACAUAUUGGGUUUUAGCAAAUACAAUUAUAGAAAUUCGAUUGUAAGAUUGAUCCCCCAUAUAUAAUGCAUUAAGGCCGACAUAAUUUCUCAAUUACAGUACAAAAACUCGGAUUUUUUCUACACGAGUACAGAAUGGCAAAAAUUAAGUAUAUAAAGACACUGUCGGCGUCGUUGAAAGCUGUGAAUGAUAUCCUCGUCAAGGAGAAGCCGGUAAUUGGCGUGAAAUGUCUUGGAUGUAAUGUUGGAGAACAUGGAGGACGGAUUACGCUUGUGGCAGUAAGCUGUUGGGAUGGUCAGAUGUACCUAUUUGACUUGAGAACAAAUAAAGCCAUUAUGUAUGAUGGAGGGCUACUUCGUCUGUUUCAGUCCACAGAAUUACUCAAGGUAUUUCAUGAUUGUGGACCAGACAGUGCUACCCUGUUACAACAGUUCAGCGUGAAAUUGAGGAACUUCUUUGAUACGCAGAUUGCAUAUUCUAUCGUGAUGGAGCGAAGUGGGUUGAGUCCUCGGCUUGUCUCUUUUCCUCAACUGUGUGAUGUCUAUCAUCAAGUAUUACAUAGCCCUUCUGAAGAUUUCAAGAGGCUUUUAAUUCAAGAUCCCAAUGUAUGGGCAAGACGUCCGUGUACAGACGACAUGUUGCAUGUUGCAGCCUCGUUUGUACACCCAUUAGUACCAGUGCUAUUCGUGGAACUUGACAAAAUGCUUCCCCCUGACUCGGAUGCCUGGUUCUUACAUCGAUGUGAAGAAAGUCGGCAGUCAAGGCUUAAAUCUCGUUCGCUAAAGAACGGACAGAAAAUCAAGUGCAGUAAAGAUCAUUCAAGUGGCGUUCGGAACUUGUUUGGGACUCAUUUUUGUAUUUGUCCGAGCUGUGUAAGCAAUAUGGGUACGUCUCAGAAUUACCAACAAACGUGCAAUACAAACGCUGCAAAUGUUCAAUAAGACUGAUAACUAGACAUUUGAUAACAGUUAGGGGAUUUCCUAAAAUAAUUUAUCAAGAUUUUUCCUGUUAUGUUUUUAAUGUAAUUCUUACGUUGUCGGUUAAGUUUUCUGUUGAUAAAGCUUUUUGAUUAAACUGAGCGGGCCA